UGUUUAACCGGUCUCGUGGUAACGGCACAUCCGGGUUAUGACGUGGAUCCAAGCAUUCACAAAAUUGACAAGUAUGACGUAUACAUUGCAACAAUUUUUUUAUACAUAAAAAACGUAAUCAAAUUCCUGUCCAAAUUCAAAAUUAACAGUACUAUUUAUAUCAAUAAAAAAUGGGUGGAGACAUUCAAUUAUCCGACAUGAAAGCAACUUACUACCCUCCGUCAAUACAGCCAGCAUUUAUGGGCGCUCACCCACCAAUUAAAAACGGCUACGGAUCAUUGGCAGAAUCCGCACAUCUCAGCUAUUUUCAAAAUUACAGAAACGAAAACUUAAGCAAAAUGCAGAUGCCCCCCUACGAAUGGGGAAUGAUGACCACUCCCUACAGCCCCCGCCCCGAUAUAGUUGCAGGAGGCAAAAAGACUAAUUGGAGUAGAAUCCUGCAUACUCCUAGCCAACCCAUUACUUUUCUUGAUGUUGGCCGACAAAAGGAAAUUGAUGAUUUUUAUAAGCUGUGCCAAAUGCACAGAGAUCAAUACAGAGAUCAUUCAGGACGUUUGCAUCCAUUAAACUACUUUAAAUUACCGGACUAUUGCUACCAGUGUCCAAAAGACCUUACAAGCACAUACUUAAAAUUCCCACAACAUUAUGUCAAAUACAAGGAUCCACCUGUUUUACCAAUAACACUGGAGAGGAGUUACAGGAGUCCAUCUUUGCCCCAAAGAGCGUUAACUGGUCGUUAUGCACCAAGCAGUGAUAACAGCUAUAAAAGAUGAAAUCUGCUAAACAUUUAUUGACUAUAUAACAGUCG